GCAACAAACUAAAAUUAUAGUACUAGUAGGAGUAUUUUCUUUUUUUGUUAAUACACCGAAAUCAUAUAAUUAGACACAAAUCCAAUUUCAUUCCAAAGCGGCUAAGGUUUUGUACGGCAUUAUCCUUCAAAUCAAAUUCACAUAAAUCAUUCUCGGGUUUUGGAUAUCGGCAAAUUCGCCGACGUUGAAGUUUUCGAUCCCGAUCAGGUUCCAGCGACAAUGAAGCUAUCGUUUUCUCUCUCUUCAAAGCCAUCUUCAAACCUAAAAAAGCAGCCACCGUCUUCUUCUCAGACCUUUUCCGCCGACGAUCCCCGCAGCUCCACCAACCCCACCGAUAAAGAGUACGUCACCGAAUUUGACCCGUCCAAACCUCCGGCGAGUUCCACCAAAGACGCACUCAUAAUACCUCCAAAACCCAACGAAUGGCGCCCUAUCAAACGGAUGAAAAAUCUUGAACUCCCUCUCCAACCCGAUUCCGCCGCUACCGCCGAUCAACCGCUCCAAUUCGAACUUGACACUGGCGGCACUGCUGUCGAUCCGUCGUCAGAUUCCAUCUCUUACGGCCUCAAUCUCCGCCAAUCCGAAAACCCUAACCCUAACACUGACCCUAACCCCAGCCAAAUGAUUGAUCCGAUGGCGCGUCAGUUUAAAGAAGAUAUGAAGAGGUUACCAGAUCAUAACGGAAUAGAUGAAUUUACUGAUAUGCCGGUGGAGGAAUUUGGGGCUGCUUUGUUGAAAGGUUAUGGGUGGGUUGAAGGUAGAGGGAUAGGUAGGAAUGCUAAAGAAGAUGUUAAAGCUGUUGAGUAUAAAAGGUGGACAGCAAAAGAAGGCAUUGGAUUCACGCCUGAAAUACCAGAACCAAAACAAAGUAGUAAGAAGGGUGAAGGAGGUGUUAAGGGAAAUCAUAGUGAUGUUAAUGGUGGGAAGAAAGAUAGGGAAAAAGGAGGGAAAGGAAUAUGUGUAGGGAAGGAAGUGAGGGUAGUGAGAGGAAAAGAAAUGGGAAUGAAAGGAAGAGUUUUGGAGGUGAAAAGCGGCGGGGAUUUAGUAAUUUUAAAGCUUGCGAAACGAGACGAAGAGGUGAAACUUCAGGCACGGGACGUGGCUGAAUUGGGUUCAGUGGAAGAGGAGAGGUGUUUGAAAAAGUUGAAAGAAUUGAAGAUUAAAGAAGAAAAGAGUAAUAGUAGUGAUGGGGUUAGAAAGCAGUCUUUUGAUGGUAGAAGUAGAGAUGAAGCGACAACGGAGCGGAAAAAGGACAGCAGAAGAAGUAGAGAUGAAAAGCGAGAUAAAGUAUCUUGGCUUGCUAGUCACAUUAGAGUUAGGAUUAUAAGUAGGGAUUUGAAAAGGGGAAGGUUGUAUCUAAAGAAAGGUGAAAUUAUGGAUGUGGUUGGGCCGACGACUUGUGAUAUAUGUAUGGAUGAAACUAGGGAGUUGAUACAAAGUGUGGAUCAGGACUUGCUUGAGACAGCUCUGCCAAAGCGUGGUGGUCCCGUUCUGGUUCUGUAUGGCAGGCACAAAGGUGUUUAUGGACACUUGGUUGAUAAGGAUAGUGAGGAUGAGACUGCAACUGUCCGAGAUGGCGAUACGAAGGAGUUACUCAAAGUGCGACUUGAACAAAUUGCUGAGUAUACUGGAGACCCGAGCUAUAUUGGUUAUUGAUCCAGUCCUCGUGAGUAGAAUUUGCAUUGGCAUGAUUAGGAAUUACUAUUCAAAUCAAUGGAAAUGCUGAAUCAUGGAUGUUCGUUAAUGAAGUCAUAGUUGCUGAAGAGGACUCCCAUGUUUGCUAAUACUCGAUCUGUCUUAACUCAUGUUCAUUGUACAUUUGUUGAAAACCCGUUGAUAGACCCUUGAAUUUCUUAACUCGAAUUUUGUGGUGCGCGAGAUGUCAUAGUUGCCAAAGACGAGCCCCAUGUUGCGCAACAAGUCAUAGUUGCCUAAGAGGACUCCCAUGUUGCUAAUACUCCAUAUAUUUUAGCUCAUCUUCAUUGUACAUUUGUUGAAAAUCCUUAGAGACCUUGAAUUUCAUAUUUUUAUGAGGUUUUUAAUUUGUGUUG